CUCUUCCGCUUCUUUACGUCAACGUGAAAGUAAAAUGAAGCAAAUCGUUACAAACCAAACGGUUAAAAUCCCAGAAGGGAUUACCGUGACCGCAAAAUCCCGUGUGAUCACCGUGAAGGGGCAAAGAGGCGUCUUGAAACGCAGCUUCAAACAUUUGGCUUUGGACAUCCGCAUGAUGAACCCCAGACUUUUGAAAGUCGAGAAAUGGUUCGGCACCAAAAAAGAACUUGCCUCAGUUCGUACAGUCUGCUCUCACGUUGAAAACAUGUUGAAGGGCGUCACCAAAGGAUACCAAUACAAAAUGAGGGCUGUAUACGCCCAUUUCCCCAUUAACUGUGUCACCACAGAGAACAACUCCGUCAUUGAAAUCAGGAAUUUCUUGGGAGAAAAAUUCAUCAGACGGGUGAAAAUGGCACAAGGUGUUACAGUCGUAAACUCCACAAAACAAAAGGACGAGCUGAUCCUCGAAGGUAACUCUCUUGAGGAUGUUUCCAGAUCAGCCGCUUUAAUCCAACAGUCGACAACUGUGAAAAACAAGGAUAUCCGUAAGUUCUUGGAUGGUUUAUACGUUUCUGAAAAGACCACUGUUGUACAAGACGAAUAAACUUGUAAAGUAAAUAUACAAUAAGUUUUC